AUGCUUUAUGAAAUGUUGGUGUUUUCAAGCAAUGGGAGUAAAGAAAAGGAAAAGACGUUAGCAAUGAUCAAGCCAGAUGGAUUGCUAGGUAAUUACACUGAAAGGAUUAAGCUGGUUAUUUUGGAGUAUGAGUUUAGCAUCUUAAAGGAAACCACCACUCAACUUGACCAAGACCGCGCUUCAAGCUUUUACACUGAACACUCUUCAAAAAGUUUCUUUCCAAGUCUAAUCAAAUACAUGACGAGUGGUCCAGUUUUGGUCAUGGUUUUGGAGAAGGAAAAUGCAAUUGCUGAUUGGCGCACUCUGAUUGGACCAACUGAUUCGAGUAGAGCUAAGGUUACUCAUCCUAACAGUAUCAGAGCAAUGUGUGGGGUGGAUUCAGAAAAGAACUGUGUUCAUGGUUCAGACUCUCUUCAAUCAGCUCAAAGGGAAAUCUCAUUUUUCUUUGAAGAGAUAUCUUCAGACAGCUGCAACGGCAAACAUUUUAUGGCAAGUAAGCCAUCUGCUGUUAAAAUAGACUCUGUUUCAAUCAACGGGGAGCUUUUUUCUCAAAUUGGAAAUGGAUUCUUUGAGGGAGAAAAGUCAACCCGACCCCUUUGGUACACGUGUUGGUCCGACAAGAGAUCAUGGAAUGUACUUUGUCGUGACACGUAG